GUUUUUUAGGGCUAAUAACUCACGUCAGUACUUUUUUAGGACUCAUAGGUGACGGACGGAGAGAUGUAAUCUUACAGGUAAGGCGGUGACUUGUUCAGCAGUAUGGCGGAUCACACGAACAUAUUUCUUAAGAAAACCUUUGUAGCCAUAACCGGGGCCAGCAGAGGACUGGGGAGAUCUAUAGCACUACAGUUUAGUGUCAACCUUCCCGCAAACUCCGUAAUAGUUCUCAUGGCCAGGAAUAGUCAAGCUUUGGAGAGUGUCAAGUUUGAAGUGAUGUCUGUUGCGCCCAAUAUCAAAGUUUUGGUGAGAAAUUAUGACCAAGGAAACUUAGAAAACACAGACUAUUUUAAAGACAUAUUUAAUGAACUUUUAUUGCAAAAUGACAUAUCGCGAGAUGACUUUGAGCAAUACAUUAUCGUUCAUAACUGUGCUACUAUCGGUGAUGUAACAAAGAGAUCAUUGGAACUUUCCGACUCCACGUUAGUCCGGAAGUACUACGAUAUCAACCUGACCGGGAUGAUCCUACUUAACACGAGCUUCUUUCAGACUUUCUCCGAUUCCACAAAAUCUCGUGUCGUCGUCAAUAUGACGUCAACAUCUACUUACGAUCCCUUGGCAUCAUUUCAUCUGUACAGUGCAGGUAAGGCUGCCCGUGACAUGUAUAUGCGUGUAUUGGCCGUAGAAGAGCCGUCUCUGAGGAUACUGACGUUCGCUCCAGGUGCCUCAGACACAGACAUGGCAAAAGAAGUUGAGAGAUUGUGUAUGAAUAAGCCUUUUCUUGAAAGAUUAAAAGGAUUAAGAGCUGAUGGAAAGUUGACACGUCCAGAUACACCAAUCUCUAAACUUGUCCAGAUACUGGAGGAAAACACGUUUGAAAAUGCUGCCUACGUAGGAUUUGUUAAUUGUUAAUUGUGCUUGUUGAGUCUGAGAAUAGCCGAUUCAAAAAUGGUAACAUCACUGGAUUAUGUAUACAGUUAGGGAAGUAUGUGCACUCCGGAAUUAUGUAAACAUUAUAAUUUAAAAUAUCAAAUAUUCAUCUAAAUGAAAAUUCUAGUGGUAUAAUAGUUUCCAUGCUUGUAUGAAUUCAAAAGAUGGAAGAAAUAAAGCAAUACAU